AUGCCUCUCUACGACGUCGAACACGUCAUCCCCCUAACGCCAGACCAACAAGAAUCCCUCGCCGUGGCCUUUACCGACCUACACUCGUCGCGCUUCAAGACGCCUCGGUUCUUCCUCAACGUGCGAUUCACCGACGUUAGCAAGCAGGUCGUGUUCCGCAACGGCCGGAGAGCCGUCUACAACCGCAUCAUCCUGCGCACGAGGGCGGGCGAACAACGUUCCAAAGAACUGUACGACGAGCACUGUCGGGACAUUAUCAGGAUCUGGCAGGACAUUGUGGGAAAGGAUGGGAAGCUGGGGCUGAGGACAGUGUGGGUACUGGGGGCAUUGACCACGGCUGUCGAGUGUGGCAUUGCCAGGCCGAAAGUGGGCGAGGAAGACGAGUGGCUCAAAGCAAACAUGGACGAGUUCCGGAAAUUGGCCGCAGCAGGCGAUGAGGACUUUGUGGAAUUGAUCCAGGAACUCGACUCGAGAAGCCGAUGA